CAGUCUGGUUGGUACCGGCUCCCACUCCGGAUACAGCUUCUUCUCCAGCCCCCAUUUCGGCUUUCGCGUCAGAACUGUUCCGGUCCUUGGCCCGCCGGGUUGCAUCCUCCAUCCCCAUUUCUGACCUGCGCCAACUCCUGCUACCGGAUCACGGUAGCCGGACCCUCAAGGCAUGGCUGGUCCCUUCUCCCGCCUGCUGUCCGCCCGCCCUGGGCUCAAGCUCAUAGCUUUGGCCGGGGCUGGAUCUCUAGCCGCUGGGUUUCUGCUUCGCCCGGAACCUGUGCGAGCCACCAGUGAACGACGGAGGCUGUAUCCCCCGAGCGCUGAGUACCCAGAUCUCCGAAAGCACAACAACUGCAUGGCCAGUCACCUGACCCCGGCAGUCUAUGCCCGGCUCUGCGACAAGACCACACCCACUGGUUGGACGCUAGAUCAGUGUAUACAGACUGGCGUGGACAACCCUGGCCACCCCUUCAUCAAGACUGUGGGCAUGGUGGCUGGAGAUGAGGAGACCUAUGAGAUAUUUGCUGAGCUGUUUGACCCAGUGAUCCAAGAGCGACACAAUGGCUAUGACCCCCGGACAAUGAAGCAUACCACUGAUCUGGAUGCCAGCAAAAUUCGCUCUGGUUACUUUGAUGAGAGGUAUGUAUUGUCAUCAAGAGUCAGAACUGGCCGAAGUAUCCGUGGACUCAGUCUGCCUCCAGCCUGCACUCGGGCAGAGCGACGAGAGGUGGAACGUGUUGUGGUGGAUGCACUGAGUGGCCUGAAGGGUGACCUGACUGGACGUUACUAUCGGCUCAGUGAGAUGACAGAGGCUGAGCAGCAGCAGCUCAUUGAUGACCAUUUUCUAUUUGAUAAACCUGUGUCCCCAUUGCUCACGGCAGCAGGAAUGGCUCGAGACUGGCCAGAUGCUCGUGGAAUCUGGCACAACAAUGAGAAGAGCUUCUUGAUCUGGGUGAAUGAGGAGGAUCAUACACGAGUCAUCUCCAUGGAGAAGGGAGGCAACAUGAAGAGAGUAUUUGAAAGAUUCUGCCGAGGCCUCAAAGAGGUGGAGCGGUUGAUCCAGGAGCGUGGCUGGGAAUUCAUGUGGAAUGAGCGUUUGGGAUACAUCUUGACUUGUCCAUCUAACCUAGGCACUGGACUUCGGGCGGGAGUGCACAUCAAACUGCCGUUGCUAAGCAAAGAUAGCCGCUUCCCAAAGAUACUGGAGAAUCUAAGACUCCAAAAGCGUGGUACUGGAGGAGUAGACACAGCUGCUACAGGCAGCACCUUUGACAUCUCUAAUUUGGAUCGACUGGGCAAGUCAGAGGUGGAGCUGGUGCAAGUCGUCAUCGAUGGAGUAAACUAUUUGAUUGACUGUGAACGGCGUCUGGAAAGAGGCCAGGAUAUCCGCAUUCCUCCACCUCUCACCCACAGCAAGAAUUAACUCCUCAUUCCUAACAGAUGACUCAAGAUCCCCAGGAAUUUUGCCUAUUGUAAUGGUGGCCCAUUCUAUUUGUCCUGGACUUGCCCCAUCGUAGUAAAGACUCCUUGCUGUG